GGCCGCCACCAGGCGCCAAACGGGACGACCGCCCCUGCCCGAACUGCGCCUGCGCACGUUCCCACGCACGCUCCGGCGUACGGCGGCGGCCAGGGGUCGCGAGCCGGUGGAGGACCCGCGCGCGCCGAAGAGACCGGAGCGUCGGCGCUUCUCCCCCUCCCUCCCCCCGCUCCCCUCCCCGCUCCCUCCCCCCUUCCCCAAGAAUGUUCCGCUACGAGUCUCUGGAAGAUUGUCCUCUGGAUGAAGAUGAUGAUGCAUUUCAAGGUCUGGGAGAGGAAGAUGAGGAGAUCGAUCAAUUCAAUGAUGAUACAUUUGGGUCAGGUGCAGUUGAUGAUGAUUGGCAGGAAGCACAUGAGCGGCUGGCUGAGUUGGAAGAAAAGCUGCCAGCGGCUGCUAAUGAACAAACAGGCAAUGGAGAGAGAGAUGAAAUGGACUUGCUGGGUGACCAUGAGGAGAAUCUGGCAGAAAGGCUCAGUAAGAUGGUGAUUGAAAAUGAACUUGAAGAUCCGGCUAUCAUGAGAGCAGUGCAUACAAGGCCAGUUUUGCAACCUCAACCAGGAAGUCUGAAUUCUAGUAUCUGGGAUGGAUCUGAAGUUCUGAGGCGAAUCCGAGGACCACUACUUGCUCAGGAAAUGCCGACAGUGUCUGUAUUAGAAUAUGCCUUGCCUCAGAGGCCCCCACAGGGCCCAGAAGAUGACCGGGACCUUUCUGAGCGUGCAUUACCAAGACGAUCAACUUCACCUAUCAUUGGGAGUCCUCCUGUUAGAGCUGUCCCCAUAGGCACACCACCUAAGCAGAUGGCUGUACCCAGCUUCAACCAACAGAUCCUGUGUCCGAAGCCUGUCCAUGUUCGGCCGCCGAUGCCACCACGUUAUCCUGCUCCCUAUGGUGAGAGGAUGUCUCCAAAUCAGCUCUGUGGUGUCCCGAACUCUUCCCUCCUGGGUCACCCUUUUCCUCCUAGCGUUCCUCCCGUUUUCAGCCCCCUCCAGAGAGCACAGCUUCUUGGAGGAGCACAGUUACAGCCUGGACGAAUGUCUCCCAGCCAGUUUGCACGAGUCCCCGGGUUUGUAGGUAGCCCACUGGCUGCCAUGAAUCCAAAGCUACUGCAAGGGCGAGUUGGGCAGAUGCUUCCCCCAGCACCAGGCUUCCGUGCCUUCUUUAGUGCUCCGUCCACUGCUGCACCCCCUCCACAGCAGCACCCUUCAGGCCCCGGACCUCACCUGCAAAACCUAAGAUCUCAGGCCCCAAUGUUUAGACCAGAUACAACUCACCUUCAUCCACAGCAUCGACGGCUCUUGCAUCAGAGGCAGCAACAGAAUAGGAAUCAGCAUCGGAAUCUCAAUGGUGCUGGAGAUAGAGGAAGUCACCGGAGCAGCCACCAAGAUCAUCUCCGAAAGGAUCCCUAUGCCAAUCUCAUGUUGCAGCGGGAGAAGGAUUGGGUCUCUAAAAUCCAGAUGAUGCAGCUGCAAAGCACUGACCCCUACCUGGAUGAUUUUUAUUACCAGAAUUACUUCGAAAAACUGGAGAAACUAUCUGCUGCUGAAGAAAUGCAAGGGGAUGGCCCUAAAAAGGAGCGCACCAAGCUUAUCACCCCUCAGGUGGCCAGGCUAGAGCAUGCCUAUAAGCCAGUGCAGUUUGAGGGCUCGUUGGGGAAGCUUACUGUCUCUAGUGUGAACAAUCCUCGAAAAAUGAUUGAUGCUGUUGUGACAUCUAGGAGCGAGGAUGAUGAGACAAAAGAAAAACAGGUUCGAGACAAAAGAAGGAAAACCCUUGUCAUUAUUGAAAAGACCUACAGCUUACUCCUUGAUGUGGAGGAUUAUGAAAGGCGCUAUCUCCUAAGUCUAGAAGAAGAACGGCCUGCCCUGAUUGAAGAAAGGAAGCACAAAAUCUGUAGCAUGUAUGACAACUUGAGGGGCAAAUUGCCUGGACAAGAGAGGCCAAGUGAUGACCACUUUGUACAGAUCAUGUGUAUCCGAAAAGGGAAGAGAAUGGUUGCCCGCAUUCUCCCUUUUCUGUCCACAGAGCAAGCAGCUGACAUCCUCAUGACAACUGCCAGGAACCUCCCUUUCCUUAUCAAGAAGGAUGCGCAAGAUGAGGUGCUGCCGUGUUUGUUGAGUCCCUUUUCUCUUCUCCUCUAUCAUCUUCCACCAGUGACUGUCACCAGCCUUCUGCAACAGCUAAUGAACCUACCUCAAAGUGCAGCCGCACCAGCACCCUCCAACCCUCACCUCACUGCUGUGCUCCAGAACAAGUUUGGCCUGUCACUGCUCCUUGUCCUCCUGAGCCGUGGGGAAGACCUACAGAGUUCAGACCUUGCUUCAGAAUCCACGCAAAACAACCAGUGGACAGAGAUGAUGUUCAUGGCAACCCGAGAACUUCUACGGAUUCCCCAAGCUGCCCUGGCCAAGCCGAUCUCUAUACCCACCAACCUAGUGUCCCUCUUCUCUCGCUAUGUUGACCGGCAGAAACUGAACUUGCUGGAGACAAAACUGCAGCUAGUUCAGGGGAUUCGGUAGAAGAUCUCCAGAUGUGUCCUGUACCUCCUUUUGGCUGCCACCUGCACUGCUGCCAUCACCAAUGGAGUGUUUUUAAUUCGGGAGGGAAGGUAGCUUAUUCCCCAAAGUGAAGUCUGUGGGAGCAACCCCCGUUUUCAGGGACUGCCUCCAGACGCCAGGUUUCCCCGCUGCUCUAUGAAAUUUGGCCAGAUGAUAACUCCUGCUGGUUUCUUCUUUACCUUCUGUGUCACACUUCUGCAUGUCCUGCCUUUACUCGAUUCUUCUCAAUUUUGCGUUUUCUUUGCCCUAGAGACACAAAUAUAAAAUCUCCCUUUACCCUACCACCACUCCUCCAGCUCAAGUAGAUUGUAGCCUUCCAGUGGACUUCUUCCCUCACCCCACUGAAGUCUUUCAUUGUCCCAUAUUAAUGACUAUAGGAGAGCCAAUUAAGUAGAAGUCAAAACAUAGCUACACAUACAUACACACACACACACAC